AACUCUCGGAAUGUUCCUAUCCUCGAGCGCUACUUGCCUCGAAUCUAUUUUUCAAUACGAUGCGAUAAAUUAAAGGUGAUAAGACGUACGUCGUACAUAGAAUAACAUGCGAAAUAAGCGUUUAUUACUUGGUGUAUGCGUACGUCUAUUCGUACUCGCACUUGAAAAUUUUCCAUUCCUUUCGCACAGAACUUCGCAUUUUCAUGCGAGGCUCGGUCAGUUCAAAUUUAUGUAAUAACUCAUGAAUAAACAUCGCCGCAACGAAAUUUAACAAUAAAAUACGUGAGCUGGAUAAACUAGUGUGCUUGAAUAUAUAUCGGGAGGCGAAACGUUCAGACUUGAAGCUGACAAAUCGUUUCUAAUCACGCUAUAGGCUCGAGGUUACACCCGAGGAGAGAUGAGAAGGAACGAUGAACGCUAUUGACAAUUUGCAAAAUAUCGCCGAUAAAAAAUACAUAAGGUUCAAAUCGACGAAACGGAACGAUAACAGAGUUCAAGAUGUAAAAGGUCAGUCGGGGCUUGAUAAACAGCAAAAGAGGCGACGAGGCGCAUCUCUUGUUCAGUUCUUACGAACUGAAUUAACGAGAGGCUACCAGUUAGAAAAUGACGAGGAAAGGUUCUCCGCGAGGAGAGAGAAGAUUUACUCGUUCAUGAAGAUACCAAGGGAGGUAGAAAAGUUCAUGGCCUACGGUUUCUUACAAUGUGUCGACUCUUUUCUAUUCGUUUACACGUUUUUACCAAUAAGAUUCAUGAUGGCACUAUGGACAGUAAUUGUGAGGCUUUUCUCAUACUGUUUCAGGAACGAAAGAAGUAAUUCAAAGACCGGAGAACAGCAUCUGAGACCACGGGAGGUCUGCGAUCUCCUAAAGGGAAUCGUAGUGAUCAGCUGUUGGCUGGUCACGUGGAAAGUGGACACUUCCAUGAUGUAUCAUCUGGUCAAGAGCCAGUCCGUGAUUAAGUUGUACAUAUUCUACAAUAUACUGGAAGUCGGCGAUAGAUUGUUCAACGAUUUCGGUCAGGAUAUAAUAGACGCGCUUCUGUGGACUGCCACCGAGCCCAGAUCGAAGACUCAGUCAGGAUCCCAACAUUUAGGAACUCUACCUCAUUUAUUGUUUGCCGUUACCUAUGUUUUAUUACACAGUAUACUAGUGCUUUUCCAAGCGACAACCUUGAACGUUGCUAUAAACAGCAGCAACAAGGCUCUUCUUACUAUAAUGAUGUCCAACAACUUUGUAGAAUUGAAAGGUUCCGUGUUCAAGAAGUUCGAUAAGAGCAAUCUGUAUCAUCUGUCUUGUGCGGACGUGAGGGAACGUUUUCAUUUAAUGAUGCUCCUUCUUGCUGUGAACCUUCAAACGAUGAAGGAGUACGCGUGGAAAGCGGAACGUCUCGCAGUUCUCUUGCCAGACUGUAUAAUGUUACUCUUAGCCGAAGUUCUCGUCGACUGGGUGAAGCAUGCGUUCAUAACUCGGUUUAACGAGCUCCGUUCCACGGUGUACAGGGAUUACACCAUAAGUCUAGCUUAUGACAUGGCUGAAACGCGUCAGGAGAUGGCCUUUUCCGACUCUUCUGACCUAGUAGCUCGGAGAAUGGGUUUCAUUCCUCUUCCUCUGGGCGUGGCGAUAGGGAGAGUGCUGUGCACGACUAUCACUCCGUCGGCUAAGCCAGCCAACUUCAUCCUCUUGCUUCUGGCAUACUUGAUCCUGAUAGCGUUGAGGAUCUUGAACAGCGUGGUGAUCCUCGGCAAGGCGUGCGAUUUGAUGUCGUCGUACGAGGAGCCGGAAAACGAAACAGUUUCGUUGAAACGCUCUUCGACUGGUACAGACAUUAGGAAUCCGAAUCUGUCGACGACGAUGCUGUCCAAUAGCGCGGUCAGCUUGAACAACGUCAGCCUGAACGAAUACGUACCUAUCUCGAAAACUGACGCGGAUCACGAGAAGUUAAAAGCGGAGAGCGUGGCCACUGAAUAGUAUCUUCUGGUCGAAAUUAAAAAUCCGAGUUCGAUGAUCGUCUCUCUUAUUUCUUUUGAGAUACGUAAACUAUUGUAAAUAACAGAUCACAGCUGUGAUAAUGGCAGCGACUUAAUCGAUCGUGUUAAGUACUGCCCCUAAUGCUGAAUGGUGAAUAUUUAUUUAGAGUUUCGUUCGACGAAUUAGACGUUUCGGUUGCAAUCGCAUGGCGUACGUUAUUUGCAUAAUGAUAUACAUUUUUCAGUAUUUAAGGGCGAUUACAUUCUUGUAAAAUAAGAUUCGACCAUUUUUUAAAUCAAAAGAUUGCGGACAUUCGUGAAGAUGUACAAGUCAGAUUAGUCACGAUAUGAGAAACGUUCGAACGAUUGUCCGCGGUCCGACUGUUACUGAUUGUUGAAAUGAUUUGUACAACAGUGGAAACUAUUGUUUUUACAGUGUUUUUAUGUUUAACGUCGCGUGAAACCAAAUAUAAUAUAUUUAUAUUUUA